GUUGUGGCCGCGCAGGCCUUCGUCCCCGCGCCGCCCGGGUCAGGGCGAGCCAAUGAUUGCGGGGAUCUGGGGCACGUGACAGGGGGCGGGCCCUUCGCCGGAAGGGCGGGGUGAGGCGAGCGGCCCGGUCCCGCGACAUGGAUCAGAAACUUUCACAGUUGGUAGAAGAGCUCACAACUUCAGGAGAGCCCCAGCUGAAUCCCGAGAAAAUGAAGGAACUGAAGAAAAUUUGCAAGUCUUCAGAGGAGCAGCUCGGCCACACCUACCACCUGCUGAUGGCUCAGCUGAGCCAGGAGCACGCCGAGGUCCGCCUCUCCGCCUUCCAGGUCCUGGACCAGCUCUUCGCCAGGUCUCACCAGUUCAGGACGCGGGUUGUUUCCAACUUCCAGGAGUUCCUGGAGCUCACGCUGGGCACCGACCACGAGCGGCCCCUGCCGCCCCCCAAGGAGGCAGCGCGGAGGCUGAGGCAGGCGGCCGCGCGUGCCGUCCGCGGCUGGAACGAGAAGUAUGGCGAGGCCUACAAGAAGCUCGCCCUGGGCUUCCACUUUUUAAGGCACAGCAAACAGGUAGAUUUCCAAGAUGUGGAUGUUAGGACCCUGGCAGAAAGAAAGCGAGCGGAGGAGAAACAGAAGCGCUUGGACAGAAUCUACAAGGAGCGGUCUGAGCGAGCCGCGAGGGAGAUGGAAGAAAUGUCCGGGGAGAUCCGGAGCUGCCUCACGGAGCUCGAGAGCUGCUUCCGACUGCUCGUGCCCUUUGACCUUGACCCGAUCCCGGGGGCCGCCUUGCCCGCCGUGGCCGAGGAGGGUGGCAGGGACGAGGAGCAGCCCUGCUGCAGCAAGAGCCUGCCUGCCUGCACGCGCCGCCCAGGAGCCUGGGGCGCAGAGGGGCUGCCCUCGGAGGACGAGGACGGGGACGGGGACAGCGACCCGGAAGGCUUCGUGCGGCACCACGGGCUGGGCUCCCGCAAGUACACGCUGGACGUGGAGCUCUCCCCAGGCGGCCUGAGGGUGCACGAGGACGAGGACAACCUGGCCGUCAUCCACGCGGCCCGGGACACGCUCAGGCUUAUCCAGAACAAGUUCCUGCCGGCCGUGUGCUCCUGGGUUCAGCUGUUCACCCGUGCGGGGACGCAUGGCGGGCACUUGGAGGGCGCCAUCGACCUGAAGGCUGAGCUGGAGACCGCCCUGAGGAGGUCUCGGGAGCUGGACAUCGCGCCCGAGGGGGGCCGCAGGCGUGAGAUGGCAGCCCCGGGGGACGGGGACGGGGACGAGGACGAGGACGAGGAUGAGGACUUCGUGGAGGUCCCCGAGAAGGAGGGGUAUGAGGCCUGCAUCCCUGAGCACCUGCGGCCUGAGUACGGGCUGGAGAGAGACCCGGCCGCACCGCGCUCGCAGGCAAGGAAGAGCACGGGGGCUGAUGAGGAGGCCUGCGACCCCACCUCUGCGGCCGCCCAGCGGCAUCGACUCUGGCGCCAGCCACCCCCGGCAUCGCCCCCCGGCCCCAGGGCGCCGCGGGGACUGGAGGAGACCGAGAAGCUGGCGGCAGAGCGGGCCCGGGCCCCCGUCGUGCCCUUCGGAGUGGACUUGUGCUAUUGGGGCCAGGAGGAGCUGACGGCCGGGAAGAUCCUCAAGUCCGACUCUGAGCACCGCUUCUGGAAGCCCCACGAAGUGGACACAGAGGUGGACAGUGCCGCGCUCUCCGAGUCUCUCCGGAGCCGCUACAUCACCUUCGCGGGGCGGUUCGAGCCCGUGCAGCACCGGUGCCGCGCCCCCCGGCCUGAUGGCCGCCUCUGUGAGCGCCAAGACCGCCUAAAGUGCCCUUUCCACGGGAAGAUCAUCCCCAGAGACGACGCGGGACGGCCCCUCCACCCAGAAGACAGGGCCCGGGAGCAGAGGCAGCAGCUGCAGAGGCCGGCAGGGCGCCCAGGCGGGCUGGAUCCCGGGUUUGUUAGGGACGUGGAGGCGGCCACUGGGGUGGAUCUCGGCUCGUCCAGGCUCAGCGGGAGAGGCGGGGGCAAGAGGAGCAAGCACCCUGGCCUCACCGACCUCAAGCGGCAGGCGGACACCGCGCGCGCGCGCAUCUCCAAGAAAGUCUUCGCCAAGGCAGCUGUGCAGAGGGUGGUCACAGCCAUGAACCAGAUGGACCAGAAGAAGCACGAGAAGUUCGCAAACCAGUUUAACUAUGCGAUGAAUUAGGGGGCCAGGCCGGGUGUGUGUGGUCCACUCUGGUCGUCAGCUCCUCUUCUGCCAUCAUGCUAGGAUGGGAAGGCAGACUUGGGUCUGGGCAAUGACGACAGCCACAAUUACAGUGUGUGUGUGAUGCGGGAAAUAGCGUGCAUUCUGCUUAAAACGCCCCAGAGAUGUGGACUCUCCCCUGCUGCGGGGACCACGGCCAUCGCUCACAGCUCUGCCAGCCUCGUGGGCUGGGGUGAUCUCAGGCAACGUGUCUGUGGUGGGCGUCAUGUACAGCCUGUCCGCUUUGUGGUGUGGUUCAGGGUGGCCCAACCUCCAGGACAAGUGUGCAGCCCCCAGCCUCUCCCCCCAGCCUUCUUCCGCUCCAAGGAAAGCCCACACUGCACGCUGACACGAGGGGGCCAGCGGUCCGCUUGGUGUUUCCAGCUCACAGGCGGCCUGGGGGUGGCGCCACGGCAGAACGUGGGGAGCUCCCUCACUCUGUCUUUUUCACAAUGUCACUCACGUAUCCUAGCCUUCACGCCGGUGAUGUGUGCAGCUCGGUGGCGUUGCGUAGGUUCACCGUGUUGUACAACACCCCCCCGCCCCCCACUGUCUAGCUCCAGGACGUCGCAUCACCCUGAAAGAAACCCCGCACCCCCACCCCCAGCCCCGGCCCUCUCGUCUCCUGUCUGUUUCUGGACUCGCCUUUGCCGGACGUUUCCUGUGACUGGGUCGCGACAGCAGGCGGCCCUUCGUGUCAGACUGCCUUCACUUAGCGAGUUGUUUUCAAGGCUCCUCCCAGCGGGGGCCUGUGUCAUUGCUUCAACGCUUUCUGUGGCCGGAUGACACGCCACAGUGUGAACACACCGCGCUUCGUGUACCUGUUCGUUGUAGGUGUUUGGGUUGCCUGCACUUUGGGGUUAUGGAUGGUGUUGCCGUGACCAUUAGUGUGCGGGUUUUUGUGUGGGCGCGUAUUUUCAGUCCUUUGGGGUUUAUACCUGGGAGUGGACUGGCUGGGUCACGCGGUAGCUCCGUGUGUGACUUACUGAUGGAACGUUCUGCAUCCCCUCAGGCAGGGACUAGCGUUCUCAUUUCUCCAUGUUCUUGGCAACACUUGUUAUUAUCUGUCUUUAAUCUUAGCCAUGUUAGUGGGUGUGAAGUCAUAUCUCGUGGUUUUGAUUUGCAUUUUUCUAAUGACUAAUGAUAUUGAGUACCUUUUCAUGUGCUUAUUGGCUAUUUAUGUAUCUUCUUUGGAAAGACAUCUAGAUCCUUUGCCCAUUUUAAAUCAUUGUUUUGAGUUGUAAGAGUUUGUUGUAUAUUGUGAGUACUAGACCCUUGUAUGAUUUGCAAACGUUUUUUCCCAUUCUGUGUGUUCCCUUUCCUGGUAGUGUUCAUUGAAACACAAACAUUAUGAAUUUUGAUGAUAUCCAGUAUAACUAGUUUUCCUUUUGUUAUUUGUGCUUUUGGUGUCAUAUCCAAACAGCCACUGCCUACUCCAGGGUCGCGAGUAUAUACGCGUGUGUGUUCUUUUGAGAGUUCUAAGACCUAGCUCUUAAUUUUAGGCCGUUUGUCCAUGUUGAGUUAAUUUUUGUCUGUGCUUCAUUCAGGGAGAUGUCCAGUUGUCUCAGCAUCAUUUGUGAAAAGGUUUUCUUUCCCCGUUGAAUUCUCUUGGUGGCUUUAUUGGCCAUCAGUCAAGCGUGAACGUGAGUUUAUUUCUGGGCUCUCACCUCUCUUCCCUUGGCCUGUGUAUGUCCUUGUGCUGCUACUACAGUGUCGUGAUUAAUGUAGCUUUGUGGUAAGUUUUGAAAUCCUCCAACUUUGUUCUUUUUAAACAUUGUUUUGGCCAUUUGGAUCUUUUGCAUUUCCAAAUAAAUGUUUAGGAUCAGCUUGUCAAUUUCUGCAAGAAACAAAACCAAAAAAAGGAAUCUGAAAUUUCAGGGAUUGUGUUGACUCUAGAGGUCACGUUGGGAAGUAUAGCUGACCUUUGACAACAAGGGAUUGAGUACAUAAGUCCACUUACACAAAGACUUUGCCACAGUAAACACCACAGUACCACGUGAGACGUGGUUGGUCGGAUCCUUGGGGACAGAACCGUAGAUGCAGGGCACUGAAUGCGGUUACAUGUGGAGUUCUGACUGCACAGCAGAUCGAUACCCCUAACCCCUGCGACGUUCAAGAGUCCAGUGUGAUGUCUUCUUAAGAUUAAAUUUCCUAAUUAAUGAAUGUAGAAUAUCUUUCCACUUAUUUAGGUGUUAUUUUAUUUUUUUUUUAAUUAAUUUUUUAUUUAUUGGCUGUGUUGGGUCUUUGUUGCUGUGCACGGGCUUUCUGUAGUUGGGGCGAGCAGGGGCUACUCUUUGUUGCAGAGCAUGGGCUCUAAGCUCACGGGCUUCAGUAGUUGUGGUGCGUGGGCUCAGCAGUUGUGGCUCACGGGCUGUAGAGUGCAGGCUCAGUAGCUGUGGCGCACGAGCUUAGUUGCUCCGUGGCAUGUGGGAUCUUCCCGGACCAGGGAAGGUGACCCGUAUCACCUGCAUUGGCAGGCGGCUUCUUAACCACUGCGCCACCAAGGAAGCCCCUAGGUGUUCUUUAUAUUUCUUCUCUUAUGUAGUUUUCAGUGUACAAGUUUUGCAUUUAUUUUGUUAACUUUAUUUUUAAAUGUCUUAUUGUUUGAUACCAUUGUAAAUGUAAUUGUUCUCUGAAUUUCAAUUUUGGAUUGUUCAUUGCUAAUGCAUAGAAAUACAACUGAUUUUUUAAUGUUGGUCUUAUAUUCUGAAACGUUGCUGAACUUAUUUAUUAGUUCUAAUAGUUGUGUGUGUGUAGAUUCCUUAGGAUUUUCUAUACACACUGUCAUGUCCUCUGCAAGAGAAAGUUGUAUUUCUUCCUUCGCAAUUUGGAUUCCUUUUAUUUCUUUGUCUUGCUUAGUUGCUGUGGCUGAGAGAAUUGGAGAGAACAGACAUCCUCGUCCUGUCCGUGAUCUGAGAGGAAAAGCUUUCACUCUUACACCGUUGAGUGUGAUGCUAGCUGGGGUUUUUGUAGAUGCCUUAUAUCAGGUUGAGGAAGUUUCCUUAUGUUCUUAGUUUGUUGAGUGUUUUCACCGUGAAGGGAGUUGAGUUUUUGUCAAAUGCACUUUCUGCAUCUACUGAAAUGGUCGUGUGGUUUUGGUGCUUUAUUAUAUUGGUGUGGUGCAUUAUAUUAACUGUUUCAUAUGUUGAGCCACCCUCGCAUUCAUGGGAUUAAUCCCACGUGGUCAGUUUCAGUAGUUAGUGUAUUUCUAGGAAUUUGUCCAUUUCUUUUAUCUCAUUUUUAUUUUCUUUUUUAAAUUUUUGGCUGCGUUGGGUCUUCGUUGCUGUGCAGGCUUUCUCUAGUUGUGGCAAGUAGGGGCUACUCUUCAUUGUGGUGCACAGGCUUCUCAUUGCAGUGGCUUCUCUUGUUGUGGAGCACAGGCUCUAGAUGUGCAGGCUUCAGUAGUUGCAGCAUGCAGGCUCAGUAGUUGUGGCUUGCAGGCCCUGGAGUGCACGGGCUUCAGUAGUUGUGGUGUACGGGCUCAGUAGUUGUGGCUCGUGGGCUCUAGGGCACAGGCUCAGUAGUUGUGAUGCAUGGGUUUAGUUGCUCCGUGCCAUGUGGGAUCUUCCUGGCCCAGGGAUGGAACCCGUGUCCCCUGCAUUGGCAGGCAGAUUCUUAACCACUGCACCACCAGGGAAGUCCCCAGAAUUUGUCCAUUUGAUCUAGGUUAUUUGUUAUAUUUUGUUGACACACAGUUCUUCAUAGUAUUCCUUUAUAAUCAUUUUUAUUUCUGUAAGGUUGAUAAUAAUGUCUCUUCUGUAAUUUUUUUUUUUUUGUAAUUCUUGAUUUUAGAAAUUUGACUCCUUUUUUUAAUUUUCUUGGUUAAUCUAGCUAAAGGGUUAUCAAUUUUAUUGGUCUAUUUAAAGUUGUUUUUCUCUAUUAUUUUUCAUUUUUUACUUCAUUAAUUUCCACUCUAAUCUCCAUUAUUUCUUUUGGGUUGCUUUGUGUUUAGUAUUUUUCAUUCUUUUUCUAGUUUCUUAAGUGGAAGUUUAGCUUAUUGAUUUGAGAUCUAUCUUCUUUUUAAUGUAGGUGUUUACAGGUGUAAAUUUUCAUCUUAGCACUGCUUUAGCUUCAUUCUUUACAUUUUGAUAUGUUGUGUAUCCAUCUUUAUCUCAAAGUAUUUUCUAACUUCUCUUGUGAUUUCUUAUUUUACCCAUUGUUUAUUUAGGAGUUUGUUAUUUAAUUUCCACAUACUUGUGAAUUCCCCAAAUUUCCUUCUGUUAUUUGACUUCUAAUUUCAUUCCAUGUAGCCAAAGCACAUGUUUUGUGUGAUUUCAGUUCUUCAAAAUUUGAGGCUUGUGGUCUGCCCUGGGGAGUGUUUUAUGCGCAGCUGAGAAGAUGAGUGCUCUGCUGUGGGUGGGUGUCUUGUGGAGUCUGUUAGGUCUAGCUGGUUGACAGUGUUGUCUGUCUUCUUUCCCUUGUUGAUUUUUACACCAGCUGUUAAAUCCAUUAUUGAAAGUGGGUAUUGAAAUCUCCAACUACUGUUGUUAUCUGUUUCUCCCUUCUCUGUCAGCUGUUGCUUUAUGCAUUUUAGGGUUCUGUUGCUAAGAGCAUAUGUGUUUAUACUUAUUUCUUCCUGAUGGACUGACCCUUUAUCUACAGCAUAGCCUUCUCUGUCUCUAGUAACAGUUUUUGCCUUAAAGUCUCUCUUGUAUGGUAUUAGUGUAGCUUUUGGUUGCUUUUGUGGUAUAUCCUUUUCCAGCCUUUUACUUUCAUUAUAGCUCUGAAUCUAGAGUCUUUCUAUGGACAGCAUAUGUUUGAACAUGGUUUUUUUUUUUUUUUUUUGGCACACGGGCUUGCUUAGUUGCUCCACGGCAUGUGGGAUCUUCCUGGAGCUGGGAUUGAACCCGUGACCUCUGCAUUGGCAGGCGGAUUCUUAACCACUGCGCCACCUAGGAAGCCCCUGAACAUGUUUUUUAAUCUGUUCUACCAAGUCUGUUGCUUGAGUGGGUGUUUAAUAUACUUAUCUUUAAUGUAAUUACUGAUAAGGUAAGAUUUAUGUCUGCCAUUUUUCUGUUUUUCUACAUGUCUUUUUUAUUUAAAUAAAUAAAUUUAUUUAUUUAUUUAUUUAUUUAUUGGCUGGUUGAGUCUUCAUUGCUGUGUGUGGGAUUUCUGUAGUUGCGGAGAGCAGGGGCUACGCUUCAUUGUGGUGUGUGGGCUCCUCAUUGCUGUGGCUUCUCUUGUUGUGGAGCAUGGGCUCUAGGCAUGUGGGCUUCAGUAGUUGUGGCACAUGGGCUCAAUAGUUGUGGCUCAUGGGCUUAGUGGCUCCACGGCAUGUGGGAUCUUCCUGGAGCAGGGAUGGAACCCGUGUCCCCUGCAUUGGCAGGCAGAUUCUUAACCACUGCGCCAGCUAGGAAGCUCUACAUGUCUUUUUAAAUCUUUCUUCCUCUAUUUUUUUCUUGUGUGUUAAAUGGUUGUUUAAUACCCUUGUAAUACUUUAAUUCCCUUGUGUCUCACUAUUUUUAAGUAAUUUUUUUCAGUGGUUGCUUUGAGGAUUACAGUGAACAGCUUAAUACAAUCUAGUUUGGAUUAAUACCUGCUUAAUUUCAAUAGUGUACAGAAUUGCUCCAUUAGAGCUCUGUUUCCUUCCAGCCCCAUCUCUGCUGUUUUUGUCAUACAAAUUGCAUCUUCAUAGAGUGUAAGCCCAUCAACAUAGGUCUGUAAUUAUUGCUUUAUAUAGUUGUCUUUUAAAUCAAAUAGGAAAAGAUUUACAAACAUAAGCACAUCUAUACUGUCUCUUAUUUGGCUCUGCAGUUGCCUUUCCCAGUGCCCUUUAUUUCUCUUUGAGGAUUUGAAUGUGCUUUCACUUCAACCUGAAACACCCCCUUCAGUGUCUCUUGUAGGGCAGGUCUGCUAGCAGUGAAGUCUCCUCAUUUUUGUCUCUCUGGGAGUGUCUUCGUUUCACCUUCAUUUUGAGGAAUAGUUUUGCUGGGUAUAGAAUUCUUGGUUUAGCAGUCUUUUUCCUUCAACACUUUGCACAUGUCAUCCCACUGCCGUCUGGGCUCCAGGGUUUCUGGCAAGAAGCCAGCUGUUAGGCAGACGCCUCAUACACGACGAGUCAGGUCUUUCUCUCGCUGCUUUCACCAUGCCAUUUGCCUUUAUAUUCCGCCUCUUUUAGUUAUGACGUGUCUGGCUCAGGUCUCUGUGUGUGUGUCCUGCUUGGAGUUUGUUGAGCUUCUUGCUUGUAGAGGUUGUUUCUCAUCACACUUGGAAGGUUUUGGCCACUAUUUCUCCAGAGGUUCUUUCCGCCCCAUCCCCUCUCUCUCCUCCUAGGGCUCCCCUCAGGUGUACAGGCUUGGAUGGCAUCCGUUGGCCUCUGAGGCCUGUUCAUUUUUCUUCAUUCUUUUUUCUGUGUCUCAAACUGGACCUGUUGGCUUUUCUUCAAGGUCAUAGUCUUUCUUUUGCCAACUAAAAUCUGGUGUUGAAUUACUCUAGUGAAUUUUUCAUUUUCGUUACUGUACUUUCUCAGUCCAGAAUUUUUUUUUCCUUAAUUUGUUUCUUUUUAUUGAUAUUCCCUAUUUGAUAAAACAUCAUUCUCGUACUUUAUUUCUUUAGACAUGGUUUCUUUUAGUUCUUUGAAUGUACUCUAAGUAAUUGAUUUAAAGUAUUUGUCUAGUUAGUUUAACGUCUCAGUUUAUUCUGGGACAGUUUCUCUUGGCUGCUUCUUUCCCUGUGUGUGGGCUAUACUUUCUUGGUUCUUCUUGUGUGUGUGUGUGUCUGUCUAUCUUUUCUUUCUUUUCUCUCUCUCUUUUUCUCUCUUUCCUUCUUUUCUUUCUUUUGUGUCUUUCUUUCUUUGUUGAAAAUUUGACAUUUUAAACAAUAUGAUGUGAAAACUCUGGAAGAUCCUCCCAUCCCCCAAAUUUGUUGUUGCUGUUGCUGUCUGUUUGUUUAGUGUGUUUCCUGGACUGAUUCUGUAAAAUCUGUGUCCUUUGUUGUGCUUAGGCAUUGAAGUCCCUGCCUGGCAGCUUAGUGGUUAGCUGAUGAUUGGAGAGACAUUUCCUUAAAUGCUUUGAUCCAGUGGGGCUUGUGGUUUUGCUGACUAGCAGUGUGUGCGUGCGUGCGCGUGCACGUGCCUGUGUGUUGGACACUCCUUCAGUACUCUGCCAGCCAGGUGCCUUGGCUCUCACUUUGUGAAUGGUUUUGAUCUUUGCUCCAUGAGAAAGUGGCGUGUUACAGUUUUAGUUGACAUUUCUCUUAGGAGUGAGAGCCAGCAUUGUUCAUAUGUUGAAGCGUUCAUUUCUUUUUUUCCUUUUCUGUGAAUUAUGUUCCAUACCAUUUGCUCAAUUUUCUUUUAGCCUAUUGGUUUCUUAUUAAACUGCGGGAGCUCUUUAUUCAGUAAAAAAAACAAGCCGUAUGUGAUGAGUUGCAAACACUUCCUCAUUUUGUUCUCUGAUUUUGCUUAUGUUGUUUUUUGCAAUAUACAUUUUUUAUGUAGUUGAAUUUAACCAGUAUUUCAUGGUUUCUGAGUUUUGUAUUCCUUCCCCACUCAAAGAUUACAUUAAAAAAUUCUUCCAUCUUUUCUUCUAGUACUUUCAUAGGUUUCAUUUUCAUAUUUAUGAAAAUGAUCUACUUAUUUUGAUAUAAAACGUGGCUCUGGAAAUACAGUUUUUUAUUUUAAAUAGCCACCCAGUUGUCCCAACACCAGUAAUGAAUUCAUUUUUUUUACAAAUUUAAAAUCCUGCCUUUCUCACUUAUUAAAGUCCCCACAUGCAGUGGUUCUGUUUCUGAACUUUCUGUUCUCUCAUCAACUUGUCUGCCUAUUUAUAUAUCAUCAUAUCGUCUUCAUUACUGUACCUUUGUAAUACAUGCCCGUGUUAAAGACCUCUUAUAUUUCUGUUCUCUUUUGUAUAACUUCAGGUAACGUUAGAGAACUAGGAGUAAGAAAGAAGAGAAAGUGUUUUUAUAAAAUUUAAUUCAGGACUAAUUUGUGACUGGUGCUCUUUGCAUCAUAUCUUUUUUUUUUUUUUUUCUUUUGGCACACGGGCUUAGUUGCUCCAUGGCAUGUGGGAUCUUCCUGGAGCAGGGAUCGAACCCAUGUCCUCUGCAUUGGUAGGCAGAUUCUUAACCACUGCGCCACCUAGGAAGCCCUGCAUCAUAUCUUUUAAUGAAUCUCCGUGAGUGUUUAAGACAAACCCACAGGUCUGUGUGUUUCUGGCUGGCAGGAGCAGUGGGGGCUGGGCUGGCCCUUCUGGCCAGUGGGGCCCAACAAUGGUGCCUCGGGGUGCAGGCUCCACCACGCUGAGC